AUGUCGCGACUCCUUUCCUCGGCGCUCUCGCUGCGUCGCGACCCGCGCAUCCUCAAGCUUCCUCCUUACCUGUCCUUCCUAUGCAUCCUGGUCGGCGUCGUCUGGCUCUUUCUCCUACCGCUCAACAACUACUCGCGCCGUACCUACAUCUCCGAGAACGCCCUGCUGCCCGGCCAGGUGCACACCUACUUUGGCGGGAGCGAACAGCAUGUCUUGCGGGCAUACCGGCACGAGGUGGAUGAGGUCGUGGGCCGUGAUAACUACCAAAUCAACGACAAGCUUGAGGAGAUUCUGACGGGCGUUGGACUCAAGGUCGGUCGCCAAAACUACACUUACCAUUCCGCCGGCGAUGAGUACUCUGGCCAGAACCUCUAUGCCAUCCUCCAGGCCCCCCGUGGCGACGCAACCGAGGCUAUUGUUCUGGUCGCCGCCUGGAAGAAUGUCGAAGAGCAGCUGAACCGCAACGGCGUGUCCUUGGCCCUGACCUUGGUCCGAUAUUUCAAACGCUGGUCUCUCUGGUCCAAGGACAUCAUCCUAGUUGUACCCCCGGACAGCAAAACGGGCACCCAGGCCUGGGUUGACGCCUACCACGACGCCCAUAAUCCCGAGCUGGUCUCCCCCCUCCCCCUCAAGUCAGGAGCCCUCCAGGGCGCCAUUGCCAUCGACUACCCCCAGGAGCAACACUUCAAGGCCAUCCACGUAAUCUAUGACGGCCCCAACGGCCAGCUGCCCAACCUGGAUCUCAUCAACUCCAUUGUCAACAUCGCCGGUGGUCAGAUGGGCAUGACCACCUCGAUACAGAAGAUGAAGCAACAUACGAACAAGUACCCUGACCGCCUCCGGACAAUGCUCCGCGGCAUGCUGAACCAGGGUCUUGGGUACGCUGCAGGCGCUCACAGCAGCUUCAUCCCGUACCAUGUUGACGCCGUCACCCUCCAGCCCUAUGGUGAAGGCUUUCAGGACGAGAUGGCCAUGGGCCGGUUGGUCGAGGGAUCAUUCCGCAGUCUCAACAACCUUCUUGAACAUUUACACCAGAGUUUUUUCUUCUACCUCCUCAUGCAGACGGACCGCUUCGUCAGUAUCGGUACCUAUUUACCGAGUGCUAUGCUCCUGGCCGCCAACUUCACCAUCAUGGCCAUCUCCCUCUGGGUUAAGAGUGGCCAGUCAGCAACCCAAGGAUCCGAAAAGUCCAAGUCUAAAAGCAAGGGAAAGAAGGGCGCCGCCAGCUCUUCGCCGACGCCAGCACAAAAUGAGGAGCGCGAUCUAUUUCUGCCUCUCGCCAUUGUUGCCGUGUGCCAUGCCCUCUCCGUGGUGCCACUGUAUACAUUCAACCGCCUCCCCGCCAGCAUGCUCGCUCCCGCCUUCGCCAUCUUCUCCGUCAUCUCGGCAGCCAUACCUCUUGCCAUCUCCUACCUCGUGAACGUCUUCUACAAGCCGACGACGCAACACUUCCAGCUUACAAAGUCCUUCUCCCUGCUCGUCCUCGGCAUGUGCCUCUCCACCCUCGCCACUCUCAACUUCUCUCUCGCCUUCCUCAUCGGUGUCCUCGCAACCCCGCUCAGCUUCGUUCGACCGGUCAAGAGCACCGCUGUCCGCUGGUCACUUGCCGGCCUGCUCAAUGUGGUCGCCCCAUCCACUGUUGUGUACACCGCCGCCCAGAUUUGGGGUGUCAGCAUCGCCGACCUGUUGCGGGAAGCGAGCUUUGGCUGGAACGUGUGGGGCAUGUACACCCCCGUGCUCAUCUGGUGUCUCUGGUGGCCAGCGUGGAUGGUAGGCGUAAUAAACGUGUUUGGCACGACUUCUGCUUGA